AAUAGUGUGGGGACGGCCUUUGUAUCCACCGUUCAAAAAUGUCGGAUUUUGUCUGCGCUAUUUCAGGGGUGUAUCCUGAAGAACCUGUUAUUAGUACAACAGGUUAUAUUUUUGAAAAGCGAGUUAUUGAGAAAUAUUUGAAGGCGAAUGGUGACGUAUGUCCAUUGACAUCUGAGCCUUUAACUCUUGAAAAUCUCUUACCCGUCAAAGUUAGUAAAUAUGCUAAACCAAGACCAGCUGCGACAUCAAGUAUACCGGGAAUGCUAAUGUCUUUACAAAAUGAAUGGGAUUCUUUACUAACAGAAGUGUUCAAUUUGCGAGUGCAUUUAGACACAGUACGAAAACAAUUGUCCCAUGCGUUAUAUCAGCAUGAUGCUGCGUGUCGUGUAAUAGCUCGUCUUUUACGUGAAAAGGAAGCAGCUGAAAAAGUUACAACACAAUUACAACGUGAAACAAAAACCUUUACUGAAGCUCAAGCGCAAGGUCUAAGUGUUGUUCAGGAAGUUGGUGUAUCCGAAGGUCUCCUCGAAGAGUUACAGUCUCACGCUAAAAUGCUCUUAGGCAAACGCAAGAAAAGGGACUUGUCAAAUUUACCAUCAAAAAAUAUUGUGUCGAGUAUGAGAGAAAUCGCUUCUUUUACACCUCAUUCAUCAACACUUCCAGGAAUAACGCGUUGCUUAGUUCAUCCUUUAUCUAAGGUAGAUGACACAACCAAGUGCGUGUGGACGGCAGGAAUUGAUGGUGCUGUGCAUUUGUUUGACGUGCAAAAUGAAAAGACUCUUUGCCGGCUCCACGGUCAUCUUAAAAGAGUCAAUUCAGUAGCUUGUAGUGGCUAUCGUUCUGAUAUCGUUGUAACAGCUUCUGAUGAUAAAACAGUUAGAGUCUGGUCAUCGAGUGAUAAUGAUCUGGAAUCUUACAAAUUAUCUUAUCUUUUACGACAUCAUACUAAAGGAGUUACAAAUGUUUGUAUUAAUCCAAUGGCUAAUUUAUUUAUUUCAACGUCACGGGAUUUGAGUUGGAUUCUUCAUGAUUUGAAUUCUGGACAGGUGCUUCGAGCCUAUCGUGAUUUACCUUGUGCUAUGCCAGUGCUGAUGUUUCAUCCUGAUGGAAUGUUAAUUGGUGCUAGUGGAAUGAAUAAUAAUAUUUAUAUUUAUGAUGUGAAGGGAGACUGCUCGCCAACUAUAAUUUUACCAGGGCAUGAAACCCCUGUUACAGACCUUCAAUUUAGUGAGAAUGGGUAUUAUCUAGCAACCGCUUCAGCAUGUCCUGGUGGCACCGUAAAACUAUGGGAUUUAAGAAAAUCAUUCAAUUUCGAAACAAUUCAACCAGUGAAUGAAGAAAAUAUACCAUUUUCACCGUCGAAAAUUUGCUUUGACGAUUCUGGUAAUUAUUUGGCUGUCACUGGAGGAACGACUGAUGCGAAUGAUUCAACGCAUUAUUCCGCUGGAUGUGCUAGCAUUUAUUCGUUUGUAUCCAAAACUCAGUUAGAACUAAUCAAAUCUUUACAAUCUCAUACAAACCUUGUGACUGACGCAAGUUUUGGAAGAAACGCACAAUCGUUAUUUACUUGCAGUUUAGAUAGAACAGUCAAAUAUUGGCAUGUAAAUAAUGAACAAGAAACUACCACUUGAUAGUCGGCGAAGGAUUAUUCAGCACAAAAAAAAAUGGCAAUUUGUGACAAAAAAAAAGUGUUUUUAUUCACCCGACAAAAUAACUGUUACUUUACAUAGUGUCUCAUGAUAGAUAGUAUGGCAAUAGAGGAUUAAUAUUUUACCAUUUAAGAACAAUCGUUGCCUUUACAUUGUUAAUGUUUUUUUAGUUACAUAAUAGACUUUAGAACACCAAAAAGAAACAAACUUCUAAUAAAAAAAAAAACACAUGUUUGCUAAAAUCUCUGUUAACUC